AUGCCGUGGGGUCGUGGUCUCCUUAGGUCAAUCUACAUCAGCUUUGCGAUAUACGCGAUUGGUUUCGGCUACCGCCUUAUUUUGCAGCUCACGCGCUCCGAGCAUGCUCCAAAUAUUCUUGCUCUCAGACGCAGCGGCACAGAGCUGGCUUCAGCGCUCCUCCUUGGAUCAUUUGAAGCAGCAUGGCCUCUCACAACAGCCCUCUCGGCUUGCCUCAAUCUUUUGUGCUUCCUUUGCGUCGUUGACUUCAUCUAUCGAGCCCAAACGUUUCACACUAGUUCUGACUUGUCUUUUGAACGGAUUGGAUAUGUGAAUGCCAGCAGUGCACGUGUUUCAAUUCGGUCACCAAACGAAGCGAUAAUAAAGUUGUGGUACAAACCACAAUCAACGGGCGUCGUGGAAGAGCAAGGAGAGGGACGCUGGCAAGCAGGUCCGGUCGUUUCCACGACGCCAGAAGCCGACUACAUGGCCAGCUUCGUUCUUGAGAACUUGCGCUCCGACACACAGUACGUGUAUUACACCAACGCUAGUCAUAGAGGGAGAUUUCACACACAUCCUGAGUAUCCCAAAAGGUGGUCUAUGGUCUCCAGUAGCUGCAUCAAAGCCUUUUGGCCAUACAACCCUUUGGACCACCCUCUUAGUAUCCGAGGCCUAGAUUUCCUGUCAAAGGUGGCGGAGUCCAGGGAGCUGUCUUUCAUGCUGUUCCUUGGCGACUUCAUUUACAUUGACCUGCCAAAAAGGUUCGGUUGGAAUACGGAGGAUUAUCAGCAAGCUUACAGGCAAGUAUACGCAUCUCCAAGUUGGUCACGAGCUUUGACAGAGCUUCCAUGGUUGCAUCUAUAUGACGACCACGAGAUCACCAAUAAUUGGUCGUCAAACGGGACGGGGAUCUAUCAGCAAGCUAUCAAGGCCUUCAUGACUUACCAUCACGCCGCAAAUCCGCCUCCAUUUCGAGAUGAUCAUACAUACUUCACCUUCCGCCACGGCGAUGUGUCAUUCUUCGUCACGGACACAAGACGCUACCGGUCCGUUGCGAAGAUGAAGGACGGUCCGGAAAAGACUAUGCUCGGCACACAGCAACGGCACGAUUUAGAAACGUGGUUGACCGAUGCUUCUGGAUGGAAGGUCGUCGUCAGCAGUGUCCCCUUCACACGGAAUUGGAGGAGUCCCGACGCCGAGGAUAGCUGGGGUGGCUAUUUAUGGGAGCGAGAGAGACUGCUGCAGAAAAUGUGGCAAACCGACGGCGUUCUGAUCAUCAGUGGUGAUCGACACGAGCAUGCUACCACUUAUUUUCCGCCUCCGGACAGCAAUGACUCGAAAAUUAUCGAGUUCUCGACGUCUCCCCUCAAUCAAUUCUACGAGCCAUUUCGUAGAGACUAUACGCAAAUUGAAGAUACAGACAUCGCAUUGUAUCACCAUUACUCGGGUCACUCCAAGUUUGGGAUCUUCACGUUCGAUACCAAGCAAGAAGACGUCUGGACAAUGGAAUUUGAGCUGAUCGUCGAUGGCCAAAAAAGAUGGUCGCAUGUUGUGCGUCAGUCCCGCCACCCUAGAGAAGCGAUGGCCAUGGUUUAA